AUGGAAACAUCCAAAGGCUCAACACAAGGUACAUCGGAUAGCCCGAAGGAGACUGAUUCACACGAUGAUAAGAAAGUGGGGGUGACUCAUGCUAUUAGACAACGAUUAAACUUCACAGAUGAAAGGUUGUGGAAACGGUUCAGUGCUCGACGAUUAGAGAUGAUAGAUACAAUGGAGCUACUGACCAAAAAGGCAAGCGAACAAGAAGAUGAGAUAAAAGAAGUGGCAGAUUCCUUACGUAAGGAGUUUGAAUAUCCAGAGGAAUAUUUUGGAGAUUUUGAUAAGUUAGUGAGAGCUGCUGUCCAAAGUGUUAGAAGGAAUAGAAAGAGAAGCUCGAAUUCUCGUCGAAAAGACAAAACCAGUAGUGGUGAUCAAAAUCAAAAUCAGCUGUGUGUUGAUGAUUCUACUUCUACUCCUUAUAAAAGACAAAAGAUUGCUGCCAUGACAGAUGUGAAGCCUUCAGCCUUAUCUAAUUCCAAUGCUCCAACAGAAACUGCAUCUUCUGAUUUGGCUCAGAGUUUAUCAUUUGUAUCGGAGAUUGCUCAUUUGAAGACAGAUAUUAAUAAUACUAUAUUUGACUUGAAUUACUCCAAAUCAAAGAGCUUCUCUCCACAGGAUCGAAGCAGAGCCAUUAUGGAUAAUAUGAUAAGACCACGUGUUGGUGGAGUCACUUCGUUUAUCCUGACACCAGGUGUUAGGACUCCUACAUCGACCAGAGGUUCUGCCACUCCAAUACCCCCACCCCCUCCACUACCAGGCACCACUACCACUGGCACCACCACAACAAUAUCUGCCUCGAAGUUGUCUUCCGGAUCAAACAAUGGUGGCACACCACCUGCUACACAAGUUACUCGGGUGGGACAUUUGUUACCUCCAUUGGCAAAUGUACGAAUCAACUCGUCUUCUGAACUGCCAAAUGGGAGUGGUGUUGUUCUUAAUGGAAGCUCGUUAAUUGAUGGUAGAAGCACAACCAAUGGUGUAGUAAUGGGCCAAACUGCAUUACCAUCCGUUCCCUACAAGCCAGACGUGACAGGGGCUCGUCGAACGUUACAACGUUACAUGGAAGCAUCUAAAACAUGUUCUGAAGACCGAGGGGACAACUCCAAUAUCCGAACGUUGGGUAAAGCAUGUAUUGAGAGUGGGAUAGCUUAUUUAUUUGCUCAUCUGUUUCAACGUGUUGAUGGAUCUCUGAUUGAGUAUUUGAGGCUGAAGUUAACUCUGACUACGUCAUCGGAGAAGAUCUUAAAGUCAAUGGAUCCCUUGAUAGUAUCGACCAUAGGGAAACAAGAUACAGAAACUGUUUCCUUGACGUUGAAUAGAAUCAUUGGAUGUUGUGUUAAGGAUUUUGGGUUUGAACGGAUCUUGAUGCCUCUAUGUGAGUUGAUAUAUGGGUUAAUAAUAGACGACUAUGCUGCAGUCCUGAGGAAUUCUGUUCCCUUCAAGGCCACGGAACGUUUAGAAUUGAUAAAAGAGAUGUCGAAUGUUGACCAUGUGACAUCCUCCUCCUCAUCAAAUGAUAAGAAAAAUAUGAGUGGAUUAAAUUCACUUGCAACCAUAGCCACAGAACAGAUGAAACUGGAAGUGAAUGGGUGCUCAUUAGGUCAAUCCGUACUUAUGUCGAGGUCGACAUCACCGCUUAUGCAUUCGAUUGUUACUGAACAUAAUAGCAGUAACAAUACCACUACCACUACCACUACCACUACUUCUGACGAUAAUGAUAAUAAUAAUAAUAAUAAGAUUGCGAUCCAACCACCAUUUGGACCGUUUGCACCCAAGAAGAAAAAGGUUAUACUUCGAUUCAUAAACCGAGUCAUUGAAUUGGAGUUUCCUAUGAAGAAUGCAGCUCCACCAAGGUUAGGAGAGUUGAUUGAAAAUGCCCGAACGGCAUUCAAUUUAAACUACUUGAUGAGUAAUGCGAUGUGGGGGGUUCGAAUCCCUGAUGGGCAGAUUAUUACUAGCGACUUGGAAUUGGAAAGAAUAUUUUUCACCGAGAACUUUGAUCGAAUCGAAUUGGAAAUCUUCAACCAAGGGUCCAAAACAAUUCCAAUCUAUGAGAUCACCAGUACCAUAAGCAGUAACCCUUCAAGAAAGGAGGAAUUCCAGUAUAUACUUCCACCUCCAGUUGCAUCCCAUAAUCUUCAUUUAUACCCUAACUCUCCAUAUAGUAACGGUGGUACUCAAGGCGCUCCACCACCACCUCCACCGCCACAAUUACAUCCCUUGGCUCGACCUACAUCCAAUGGGAGUGGUGGAACCACAUUUAUGGGUGAUGAUCGUGGUAAACAUCAUACUCGACCACAACCGAUGUUACCCCGGUUCCAGAGAUUAUUGUGA